AAAAAGGAAGAGUUAAUGGAUGUGGCAAACUUCAUUGUUGUCUUCUUUUAAGAAAUUGCCACAGUCACCCCAGCCCGAGAAACCACCACCCUGAGAUCAUUCAGCAGCCAUCAACAUGGAGGCAAGACAUAAGAACACCUACCAAAGCAGGACCACUUUGGGCCACCCUCUUGGGCUAGCUUCUGACACAACUGUCUCCAGAAAUCCUGGGUACUAAAGUGACCCACCGGACUGAUGCCGUUCCAGCCAAGUCCUCUGUGAAUCUGUGCCUCAGUCUUCCCUGCUGUGAAAUGGGAGAGGAAGAUCCUAGCGUUCUUUGCUAGCCAAGGAUUCUGCCCCAUGCCUCUGAGUACCACUGGCCCCUGGCUUAUGCUGGUUUGGGUUUCUUGUUCCCGAGGAGAUUCUUUUUCUGUCUGGGAUGGAAGGGAAAUCUCACAGGUUCCUAACAAAAAGGAUGUCCUGGGAGGGAGUGAACCAAUUCAUACUUGAUUAACAAAAGGACAAAGGACAGAAAGUAAAGGUUGUCAGAAGCUGUGGGUUCCUGGUCUGGUGUCUGCUGCCAGCCUGCAUUGUGGCCCGAGGCAGUUUCCAAUGGUUGCGUUUUUGCAGCCAUCAGCACAUGGUGGUUCUUAGUAAAAUACAGCCCACGGCGUCUCCUGCACACGACGCAGGGUUGUCGUGAGCCUUGCUCAUUCCAGCUUGGCACCUGCUGUGUGGGGUAUGGGCAGCCUCACCGAGCUACCAGGGAGCCCCAGGAGCCACCGGCAGUUCAGCCAGGAUGGCUGUGAGUAGCUACGGGCGACGCAGGAGCUGCCCAUGGCCAGGGGCCGGAGGAGGCCACCCAGAGGAAGGCACUUGUCACAGAGGCCUGAGGGGUCACCAGGACCCUUGCAGGCGAGGGGAGCAUGUGACCUAAUUAGGGCAGUUAGAGCUCUGCAGAUGCUCGGGAAGGUCGGAUGUUCCCGAAUAUUCCCAGGGGAACUACUACCCAGGGACCCCAUGUGUUGCUUUGGGGCCACAGCCAUGGGAUCCUUUAGCUCUCCAGUGACACUGAGCUGCUUCUCCAUUCUGUGUCUCAGCAUGGGGCAGAUUUUGGAGACAGGAUUUCCCCAAGCGCCAUAGCCCAACCCCGGCCUCCUGUGACUUGACCUCAAGGUGGUUUUGCGUUUCCUUCAAAGAUGUGGGGAGAUAGCUGGAGCAGAGGAAAGAAAAAGGGCAGGUGUGGAGCAGAUGCAGUGGGUUGUGGGCGAGUGGAGAGGAGGGUGUGUGUGUGUGUGUGUGUGUGUGUGUGUGUGUAGCCUGUGUGCAGCCAGGGAUACACCCCUUCCCCCUGGCCAACUCUUUUUUUUUUUUAAUGAUAGAGACGGGGUCUCACUAUGUUGGCCAGACAGGUCUCGAACUCCUGACAUCAGGUGAUCGCCUGCCUGGGCCUCCCAAAGUGCUGGGAUCACAGGAGUGAGAUCACAGUCACCGGCGCCCUCUGACAACUCUGAUUGGGGAUGGGGAGACUGCUCCUGUUCCUCCUGCUUGCAUCUCAGGUGCUCUCUCCCCACCCCUUCCUCCUUUCCUCUCUCCUUGCAGCAGCUCCUGUCAAAGGGAACAGGAAGCAGUCCGCAGAGGGUGACACCCUAGAUCCACCUGCAUCCCCCAAACCUGUUGGCGAGCAGAACGGGAGCCAGAACCCCAUCCCACUGGAGGACUCCCCCGAGGCAGGCGGGGAGCGGGAGGAGGAGCAGGAGCGGGAGGAGGAGCAGGCCUUCCUGGUCAGCCUCUACAAGUUCAUGAAGGAGCGACACACGCCCAUCGAGAGGGUGCCCCAUCUCGGCUUCAAGCAGAUUAACCUGUGGAAGAUCUACAAGGCAGUGGAGAAGCUGGGGGCCUAUGAGCUGGUGACCGGGCGCCGCCUCUGGAAGAACGUGUACGACGAGCUGGGGGGCAGCCCGGGCAGCACCAGCGCGGCCACGUGCACGCGCCGCCACUACGAGAGGCUGGUCCUGCCAUAUGUGCGGCACCUGAAGGGGGAGGAUGACAAGCCGCUGCCCACCUCCAAGCCCAGGAAACAGUACAAGAUGGCCAAGGAGAACAGGGGGGAUGAUGGGGCCACCGAGAGGCCAAAGAAGGCCAAGGAGGAGCGGCGCAUGGACCAGAUGCCAGGAAAGACCAAAGCAGAUGUUGCUGACCCAGCACCACUUCUUAGCCAGGAGCCCCCCAGGAACAGUACAGAACAGCAGGGCCUGGCCUCUGGGUCUUCUGUGUCCUUUGUGGGUGCCAGCGGCUGCCCUGAGGCCUACAAGCGGCUCCUAUCCAGCUUCUACUGCAAGGGGACACACGGCAUCAUGUCACCACUGGCCAAAAAGAAGCUCCUGGCCCAGGUGAGCAAGGUGGAGGCCUUGCAGUGCCAGGAGGAGGGUUGUCGCCAUGGGGCAGAGCCCCAGGCGUCCCCAGCUGUUGGCCUCCCAGGGAGUCCCCAGAGCUCCAAAGGGCUGACUGAGAACUCCAGGCACCGGCUGACCCCUCAGGAGGGACUGCAGUCCCCGGGGGGCAGCCUCAGGGAGGAGGCGCAGGCGGGCCCCUGCCUGCCAGCCCCCAUCUUCACGGGCUGCUUCCACACCCGCCCCACCGAGGUGCUGAAGCCUGUCAGCCAGCACCCCAGGGACUUCUUCUCCAGACUUAAAGAUGGGGUGCUAUUGGGGCCUCCUGGCAAAGAGGGGCUGUCAGUGAAAGAGCCCCAGCUGGUAUGGGGCGGGGACGCCAACCGCCCUUCUGCAUUCCACAAAGGCGGCUCCAGAAAGGGCGUUCUCUACCCCAAGCCCAAAGCCUGCUGGGUGUCCCCCAUGGCCAAGGUCCCAGCCGAGAGCCCCACACUCCCGCCCACCUUCCCCGGUAGCACAGGCCUGGGCAGCAAGCGCAGCCUGGAGGAAGAGGGUGCUGCCCACAGUGGGAAGAGACUGCGGGCCGUGUCUCCCUUUCUUAAGGAGGCAGAUGCCAAGAAAUGUGGGGCCAAACCUGCAGGGUCUGGCCUGGUCUCCUGCCUUCUGGGCCCAGCCCUGGGGCCUGUGCCCCCAGAGGCUUACAGGGGCACCAUGCUGCACUGCCCGCUGAACUUCACUGGCACCCCAGGCCCCUUGAAGGGCCAGGCUGCACUCCCCUUCAGCCCCCUGGUCAUCCCAGCCUUCCCGGCCCACUUUCUGGCCACUGCGGGCCCCUCACCCAUGGCCGCUGGCCUGAUGCACUUCCCGCCCACGUCCUUCGACAGUGCUCUCCGCCACAGACUUUGCCCGGCCUCCUCUGCCUGGCACGCACCACCAGUCACAACCUAUGCAGCGCCCCACUUCUUCCACCUCAACACCAAGCUGUAGGCAGCCCAUGGUGUUGCGUACACUGUGGAGUCGACCGGGGCCAACAGCGGGCAGGUGCUGCUGCUAGGGGGGGUCUGGACUCGUGUCUGUUACCCAGGACACCCAGGCCAUGCCCCUGGCUGGGCAGCCUGGCACAAGUGAAGAAGGAGGUGGUGGGAAAACUGGGUUUAUCUCAAGGCAGCAGGCUGAACCCAGGAGCAGAGGACCCAGUUGUUACAAGGCCCUGGGAGAGGGUGGGCAGCUCCCACUGCCCCAGAGCAGCGCUCAGAGCACCCAGGUUGCCCACGGAAAAUCCAAUAAAAAGAAACGAAUGGGAAUCCA